CCUUGGUGGAAGGGCAUUCUACCUUGAUUCAUGAUUUUGGACAUAGAGUGGUUAGUUGGUUUCAUUUGUUGAAGAAGGCAAUUGCUGCGAGGAAACAGUUGGUUGAAUCUAUUGAGGCUGAAUAUAUUUGGAACCAACUUUUAGUUGUUAACUACCAUUCAAAAAAAAAAAAAACUUCUAGUUGUUAACAUCCAUCAUGGAUCAGAUAAAGAUCUUUCGAUUCUUUUCAUUCAAAUCAACUUAGAAGAAUCUAAGGCUAUGGUGCGAUACUGUAGUGGAGUGCGGUGCGUGCUGCAUAUUUAAGAAUUUAUUAGUAGGUAGGCACUAUGCGCAUAAAGCGAGUGCGAGAGCGUAAGAGUUUUUUUUUGUUUUUGUCAAGAAAUCAUAAUUUUGAAGUGUCAAUAGAGAUAGACGAUGUAGAACUGUAGAGAGAGAAAAAGCCGACUUUGCAGAGAGGAGAGAGAAAAAGCUUCAAAGAGAACCAGAGAAGAGAAGGCAGAAGCUAGCUACUCCAUUUCUCUCUUUAGUGAUCGUGUGACAGUGAUCCAACAGAUGAAUUGGGGUGGUCAACUAUUUCACCUAAUCCAACGAUUCCAAACAGCUGUCUUCACUGUCAUUGCAGUAUAAGAACCGUACGAUUCGGUUUGAAACACUCAUUCAAAUCGAGCUUAUAUUGAUGAUAUUUUGUACAUGUUUCUUUGACCGGUCAAUAUAACUCCUCCCUCCCACAUCGUCAUCCAUCUCCUCCCUUCCCCCCCCCCCAUCUUGCUUCAAGCCCAGAACUCACCAGAAUAUUAGGGGUUUCUAGAAUCAAAUCGUCUGCCACAGUAGCUUGAGUAAUCGUCUGCCACAUCUUCAUCCAAUCUCUUCCCUUUCCCUUCUUCCCACCCCCUCUCUCUCUCCCCCCAUCUUUGAUUCUAUCUCCUCUUUUUCCUCGUACGUUUCUUUCUCUCUCAUUCUUAUCUCAUUAUUCUUCUCAAGUUCUUUUCACAAAAGAGGUCUCAGUCAAUACCGCCUUGAAUCCUCCUUUUAGUCUCCAACAAGUGGUUUUCCGAUGACCCUUUAGUCUAAAAACCAGAUCUGAGCCUUCUCUCAUUUGAGCGCCCCAUAACUCUUCCUCUCUCUAUCUCUCUCACCAUUCACCAGCAAACCAAAGAAAGCAGUGAGAUUCUGUUAAGAAGAUGGUCUGGAUUUGGAGUGAAAUCAGACCAUGCGACGACAAAGGUUUAAAUUUUGGAAUAGAAACAAAAAGACCAAGUGAAAUGAGUGGAAUCGAAAAAAAAGAGAAAAAAAAAAGUCACUGCAUGUAUUCGGAAACCAUGGAUGUUGUUCUACAUACUGCGAUUGAAGAUGUGGUUAGACGAGUUGAGGCCAUAGGUUUUACGAACAAUCAGGAGAAGCACACAUGGGAAACGGUAGAACUGGGCACUGGACCAUGGACGACGGGUCUACACCAAUACAAUGCAACAAUUGAAUUAGUUGCACGUAAUGGGCUAGAUGAAAGUAUCCUAGCAAGACAUAUGUACCUGGAACAAUGUUUUGAAUCUCGGGAUCAUGUUGCAAAGUUUAUUAAGGGAGUGGUUGAUUGGAUUGUUUACAAUGAAAAAAUAGGGUUGGCUUUCCUCCGUACAAAUGGUUACGCGUUCCUCUAUCCUAUGUGUAUUGCAUAAUUGUUUUCCAAUGAAGCGAACAAAGAGGCAGGGAUUAAUUUAUUAACGUUGUUGAGGACAAAUUCAAUACUCAGCACUUGUAUCAAGUCUGCCCGUAGAAAGAUGUUAAUAAUUAUUGAGAGGACUUCUUCCUAUAAUCGGUCAUUCUUUACGCAUAUUGAUUAGCAUUGUUGGAUCCUUAACGAGGAUCUCAUCAAUUGUAAUAGCUGUUGGUGUGAUUUAAAUGUCAUGGUUUUGCAAGGUCGUCUUUCGCCACAUCACAUAGAAGGAUUAUUUGGGUAGUUCUGUAAUUUGAAUGCGUAACACACAAUGGACUUUAGCCACAUUAGAAUUGACUUUCUUCAUGUAUUCAAGUAUAUGAAUUAUAGAAUAAUGCAUGAUGGAAGUGAUGCAUCAAAAUAUAAUAUUUGUAAUUGUUAUAUAA